UCUUUUUUAGCGCCAUCUGCUCGCGGCGCCGCCUCCUGCUCCUCCCGCCGCCGCUGCCGCCCUGAGUCACUGCCUGCGCAGCUCCGGCCGCCUGGCUCUCCGUACUAGCCGCCGGUAUUUGGAGUUCUUACAACAUGGCUGAUAUUGACAACAAAGAACAGUCUGAACUUGAUCAAGAUUUGGAUGAUGUUGAAGAAGUAGAAGAAGAAGAAACUGGUGAAGAAACAAAUAUCAAAGCGCGUCAACUGACUGUUCAGAUGAUGCAAAAUCCUCAGAUUCUUGCAGCCCUUCAAGAAAGACUUGAUGGUCUGGUAGAAACACCAACAGGAUACAUUGAAAGUCUGCCUAGGGUAGUUAAAAGACGGGUGAAUGCUCUCAAAAACCUGCAAGUUAAAUGUGCGCAGAUAGAAGCCAAAUUCUAUGAGGAAGUUCAUGAUCUUGAAAGGAAGUAUGCUGUUCUCUAUCAGCCUCUAUUUGAUAAGCGAUUUGAGAUUAUUAAUGCGAUUUAUGAACCUACGGAAGAAGAAUGUGAAUGGAAACCUGAUGAGGAAGAUGAAAUUUCGGAGGAGAUGAAAGAAAAAGCCAAGAUUGAAGAUGAGAAAAAGGAUGAAGAAAAAGAAGAUCCCAAAGGAAUUCCUGAAUUUUGGUUGACUGUUUUUAAGAAUGUUGACCUACUCAGUGAUAUGGUGCAGGAACAUGAUGAACCUAUUCUGAAGCACUUGAAAGAUAUUAAAGUGAAGUUCUCUGAUGCUGGCCAGCCUAUGAGUUUUGUCUUAGAAUUUCACUUUGAACCGAAUGAAUAUUUCACAAAUGAAGUGCUAACGAAGACAUAUCGGAUGAGGUCAGAACCAGACGAUUCUGAUCCUUUUUCUUUUGAUGGACCAGAAAUUAUGGGUUGUACAGGGUGUCAGAUAGAUUGGAAAAAAGGAAAAAAUGUUACUUUGAAGACCAUCAAGAAGAAACAGAAACACAAGGGACGCGGAACAGUUCGAACUGUGACUAAAACAGUUUCCAAUGACUCUUUUUUUAAUUUUUUUGCCCCUCCUGAAGUUCCUGAGAGUGGAGAUCUGGAUGAUGAUGCUGAGGCUAUCCUUGCUGCAGACUUUGAAAUUGGUCACUUUUUGCGUGAACGGAUAAUCCCAAGAUCAGUGCUAUACUUUACUGGAGAAGCUAUUGAAGAUGAUGACGAUGAUUAUGAUGAAGAAGGUGAAGAAGCAGAUGAGGAAGGGGAAGAAGAAGGAGAUGAGGAAAAUGAUCCAGACUAUGACCCAAAGAAGGAUCAAAACCCAGCAGAAUGCAAGCAGCAGUGAAGCAGGCUGUCUGUGUCCUUGAGGAUAACCUGCACUGUAAUAGCCUAAUGCAACUGUCAUUUCCUUACAGCCUUAUGGUUUUGUAUUUUCUUGGUAGACUCAGUACCUUUUUUUUUUUUCUUUAAGGGAGUUGAUAUUUCAAAGAUAAUUUGUUGUAGCUAGAAUUUUAACUAUAGUUUUCUUGUGAGAUUUGUUGAAUGCUCAAAUUCUUGUUGCAUGUUCAUUCAUUACUAUAUAGUUUGGUUCUCCUGGAAUAUUUUCAAAGUGUAGCUAUUGGAAUACAGUUUUAAAGUGCAGCUGUUUAGCACAUUUUUGUUUUAUUCAUUAUGUUUUUCCUGAAGAACCAAAGUAUUUCUCAGCUGGUGGUUGAAUGAAUUUGUUUGCUUGCAUUAGCUGUGCCUUUUAUUACUUUGUUGCAGAAAUGCAGUGACUUAUAGUAAAACAGUUCAUCUUUAAGAAAAAAAAGACCAAUCUUGUGGUUAAGAAUUUCCAGUAUGACCACAACUGAUAAAUGAAUGUUAAUGAAUUAAAGAAAAUUAGCAUAUAACUUUUUUAAAAGUCUUUAACUCAGAAUGGUUAUUGGUUGCCCAUACAGAGGUCAACAAAACGUAGAACCUAUAAUUUUCAAAUUAGCCUGAUAUUUAAUUGUACUUUUAAUUGUAAACUCCAUUAACUAAACAUCUUUUCUUUGUGGUAGGGUCUACCUUCUGCUUCCCUGGAAAGGAUGAAUUUACAUCAUUUGACGAGCCUAUUCCAAGUUUUUUGUUGUUGUUUGUUUGCUUGCUUGUUUUUGUUUUUGCAGCCUAAAAUAAAAGUGUCAAAUAUAAUUCUAGUUUUCCAAGAUAAUGUCUUAAUUUUAUACUAAUCUAGGUUACAAGCAGAAGCUUAGCUUGUAUUAAGUGUUGUGCCCAGUUAAUCAUAUUGAAGAAAAGGGUGCCAACUUCAGAAAAGGUACUCCAUCUACGAAUAAGCAAGUGUUAAGAAAAUAAUAAAAUUUUAAAUGAUGUAAUGCUUUUUUAAAGGAACAAAAUUAAGGAGUUAAAUUUGUUUUCUCCAGUUUAGAACUAGAGACGACCCCAAGCUGCUUUGAUUUCUCUACUUCUUAGGCUUUUGUUUACUAUGUAUUAAAAUGGGUAGUACUGUUUACUUAACUACCUCACCUAUAUGUUAAGGCAUAUGAAAUAUCAAAUGUUUCAGUCUGAUUAAAAGUUCAGAAAUUGAA